AUCUAAGAGGAAAAGAACGUUUGCCAUUUCUAGCACGCACUUCGCACCCUCGCAGCGAGAGACUAGCGGCCAUCAGUGAGCCAAAAACAAAAAAAGCAAAAAUGGAAGAACUGAGGAAGCUAGAGCAAGUACAGAGGAUGCUUCAGUUCAUGGAGCUUCGUGGCGUUGCUAUCCCAUCCAAUGGCGACUCUAAUCGCUUCCUCGCCAAUCUCAUCCUUCUCAUGAUACAACCGUGCGGAGAGCUUGACUUGGACAAGAAGCGCAGUUUGGUCUCUGAACAUAUGUCAAAGAUUUCAACUGCUUUUCUUGAUGAUGCAUCGAUCUGGCUUAGUCGGGAAGGCAUAACAGAAGUUACAGAAGAAGUGAAAGACAAGGACAAUCGUUGUUGUAUGCCAGCUCGUUGCGCUUCUUUAGGCCCUUGUCAAAAUCUUGGCGAUAAUUCUUUGCAGCUUGACUAUGACAGUCGGUUGCAUGCUGGAUCAUUGGAAACUGAUUUUGAAGACAUGGCUUUGGUUGGGCUGGAUGCGAUGCAGCGAGCAAAUUCUACUCUCGAGGAUUUUUGCAGAUCUUAUUUUAUGUUUCACGAAAUGGAGGUGAACAGGCUGCCGUCAUUAUUCAAGUAUUUACCUGUGCUUUCAUUCACAGAAAGUUUUAUUUAUCAGCUGGAUAGUUUGAAUGAGAAGAUACUGCGUCAACCAACCAGUGGAGUCACUGUUUCCGAAAGAGGACACAAGCCUAGAAAUGAGAGGUUGAUUACUAAGUUCACAGAUCCAUUUAAAAGCAAUCCAUUCUGGCCACUCGUGGGUCUACUUGAACAUCGUGGUCUUUUAACAGAGAGGAUUAGAGAAGAAUUUAGGUGUGGAGAAGAAUAUUGGGCGCUAGAAAGAAAGCUCUGUUGUGCACUCAUGAGCAAAGCGGAGAUAUCUGUUGAAGAUGUGAUGAGGGCAAUUCAUUUAAAGUCCUUUGAUUAUCGGGUUCUAAAUCUUCUACUAUAUCAUUUGAGAGGAGAAAAGGUCAAUGAUGUGCAUAUGGAAUUUCUCUCUGUCUCAGAAUUCCUUGUGGAAGUGUCCGAUGAUCUGUUUGACUAUGAGGAUGAUGUAAUAGAGAAUAGCUUUAAUGUUUUGCGCAUGUUUGUCAGAAUAUAUGGAGCUUCAAAGGCCCCAGUUAUGUUGGCAAAAUACAUUACUGAGGCUGAGCAGAAGUAUGACUGUUUACUGAAAACCUUGGAUCCCCAACUAUCCUCGAAUUACCAGAAAAGAUGCGAAGAAGCCACCAAAGAAGGUGGAAAGAUAUCUGGACAUCGGCUUGGAGCGUGGAGCAUACCACCUGUGAUCGUAGAUGAGGAAUUAUAUCGAUCCAACUUUGCAAAAUUCUAAAUGAACAAAGGUACUGGGGUUUACAUUAGCCGAAUGAAGUGGGUUGAAACUUAUAGACUUUUAUAAUCUGAUUGAUGCUGCAUACUUUUUAAAAUCUUCUGUAUUCAUGUUUUAUUCUCUCUUAUUUUUACUGAGUCUGAGGUUAGAGGCAUGCCUUGUACAUUCAAUUUGCAAACAUGAAGUACAUCAACCAUGAUUUCAUUUUAUUGUUAAAUGAAAAUUAUUCCUA